ACUGCAGCCAUGUCCGGUCGCGGCAAAGGCGGGAAGGGCCUGGGCAAGGGCGGCGCCAAGCGCCACCGCAAGGUGCUGCGCGACAACAUCCAGGGCAUCACCAAGCCCGCCAUCCGGCGCCUGGCGCGGCGCGGCGGCGUCAAGCGCAUCUCCGGGCUCAUCUACGAGGAGACGCGCGGGGUGCUCAAGGUCUUCCUGGAGAACGUGAUCCGCGACGCCGUCACCUACACGGAGCACGCCAAGCGCAAGACGGUCACGGCCAUGGACGUGGUCUACGCGCUCAAGCGCCAGGGCCGCACCCUCUACGGCUUCGGCGGCUGAGCCCGUCCUUCCGCCCCGUCCCCCCCCAAAGGCCCUUUUCAGGGCCGCCCACUCCCUCUCGGAAGAGCUGUGCGCGCUCCGGUGCUCGUUUAGUUGUGGGCACUUAGGUUUGAUGUCUGCGCGGCUUAAUCUUCGGUUCGCAGGGCGCCGGCGCCCUCGGCUCAGCGGGAGGGAGCGGGGACUUAUGGGGUGACCCGCAGGAGCAAGCAAAUGGGAGAGGUCCUCGCUAGGUUCGGGCUCUCAUCGGAGGAUAUGAAUUCCUGGAGGCCCCACUUUAACUUUCCUGGCUGGGGCUUUA